GAUUCCGAAACCCUAGCUAAGAACCCUAAGGGCUUUGGUGUCAUGCAUGAAUGGCGCGCCGCAGCGUAGAAAUGUGGAGGCGCGCGUGAUCGAUCCAGGCGCGCUUGCGAUGGGGAAGAGGAGAAAUAGCGAUGAAGAUUCCUCUUGGUCUUCUUCGUCCUCCUCUUCUUCGUCCUUGUGUGGAGCUUGCUCGAGUCGCCGGCUUCGGGCGAUUGAGCUGCCGGCACCGCCGAUCCACCGCGAGGAAGGGAAAGAUCGUCCAGUUUCAGCAGUAGAUGCUCGAAAGUUCACGGAGAUGCUAGCCCAGUUCGUGCACACGAGCAAGAGGCAGGAUGAUCCAGCUCCAAGGAAGGAGAUGAGCAUUCUGGAAAGGAAGAUCCAGCAAGCCGAAUUGCUGGGCAAGGCCACUUCUCGCUCCUCCAAGAAGAUGCGACGCACCUGGAACAAGGAGGAGCAGCGCUACUACAUCACCACUCCAUACUUCCCCAAGCCCGACUUUAGCAAGAAAGCCAGGAAGAACAAGAGGCCUUCUUCGCCAUGGAUUGCUCACGAGGGGAAGAGCCACCGAGAGAUCAUCGCGUCUAUCCAGCAAACGUCUUGGCGAGUCGCGGAUAAGUUCCGGGUGGAAGAGAAGAAGGCCGAGUUUGAAAAGAGGAAGCGUCGGCUACGCAAGAAUCUGUCGCUGCUCGGGUGCCCAAGGACGAAUUUUCCCCUCCCGGCUUGGAUUCCUCCUCGCUCCCCUCAUAAGCUCAUCCAGGAGAAGCUCUUCCACGACCCUUGGAAAGUGGUCAUGGCUUGCAUCUUCCUCCAUAGAACCACCGGAGCUCAGACCAAAAAAAUGCUGUGGGAUUUCUUCAAGCUCUUUCCCGGUCCUCAACACUUGAUCGAUGCUCCAGCCGAGAUGGUCGAGCCGCUCAUCAAGCCGCUUGGCUUGCACAAGAAGCGUCUCGAGCUGAUUAAGCGCUUCUCGCACGAGUAUCUCUACACCGACUGGACGGACAUCUCUCAGCUUCACGGUGUUGGAACGUACGCCGAGGAUGCUUAUAUGAUCUUUGUGGAGGGCCGCUGGAAAGAGGUGAUACCCGAUGACGCGAUGCUGGAGCAGUACUGGAACUGGCUUCACGUAAAUAGCGAAGAAAAAACUGGUCUUUGCUGAUAGCUCUCUAUCUAUACUUUUCUGC